UCUUCUUUCCAUGAUUCCUAGAUUCUACCUGAUGAUGUCCCUACAUCUGAAGUUACUAUUCUUACUACUCUUUAUGUCCUUGGCGAUUCUCUAUCUCUCUCAGAUUCUCUCCAGCAGACCUCCCUCAUACUCCUACUCCCGAUCUGCCUCUCAGAAACAAGACACUGUGCAUGUCCUUGUUGUCUCUUCUUGGAGAUCCGGUUCCUCUUUCCUUGGGCAGAUCUUUAACCACCACAAUGACGUCUUUUACCUCUUCGAGCCUGGACAUCCCACCUGGAUGAAGUUCCAACAAGAGAGCGCGGAGCUACUGCAUUAUCCUGUGAGAGAUCUCCUGCGUUCCCUCUUCACCUGCGAUGUGUCACCCCUUCAGCAUUAUCUUCCCAAUGGUGGAAAGCGUGUUUCUGAGUUUCGUUUCUUUGCAGAAAGUCGGGCUCUCUGCACCCCUCCAGCUUGCUCGGCCUUUAUCCCCUCUGAAGGCUAUGACCGCCUCAGCUGUUUCCAACGUUGCAGAAACACUUCCUUUGAUAAAAUGGCGGAGAUAUGUCGGACUUACAGCCAUGUGGUGAUGAAAACCGUUCGGAUCCUGGAUCUUUCUGUUCUUCUUCCCCUUUUUAGAGACCCAGCCCUUGAUCUGCGAAUUCUUCAUCUUGUGAGAGACCCUCGAGCCGUUGCCUUAUCAAGGAAAUCCUUCUCUCUUCGAAUUGAGGACAAGAUAGUUUUAAAAAAUGAAAUAAAUUUAACAAUAACUAAUAUAACGACAAGUAAGGUCAUGGAAAAGAUCUGUAAGUCCCAGGUGGCCAUUAAUAAACUGGCCAGAACAUCUCAGACCUUGCGUGGGCGCUAUAUGGCCAUACGUCAUGAGGACUUGACCAGCAAACCGGUCCAAAGUCUAGAACAAAUUUACAAGUUCUCCGGACUCCCUCUGACUAAAGAGCUGAAAGAAUGGAUUUACAAUGUUACCCAUGAGGAGAUUAAAGAUAAAAAUGGUUUCAUGACUUUCUCAAAAAUGUCCUCAAAGGUUAACCAAAGGUGGAGAACUGCUCUGGACUUUGGCUUGGUGCAGCAGAUCCAACAUAGCUGUGAGCCGGCGAUGGAGGUGUUUGGUUACCUGCCAGCAAAAACCAAGAAUGAGCAGAAAAAUAUAACUGUUCAAUUAAUAAAUAAUGAAUGGUGUCAACGGGACAAUCAACCAAGCAAUCGGGUAUGACUUUGUACAGGACAGAAAGGAAAUAGGCAAAAUGUAUGCAGGUCACAUAAAAACGCAGUUCAGAUGCUAUUUAUGUAACUUAUUUUUAGUAGCUAAGAUUAUUAUUAUUAUUUGAACCUUUGAUCCUGGUUGUGUGGAAAGAACUAUUAAGUUUGUGGAAAACAUAAAAAAACAAAACAAACAAACACAUCCAUAGUUGGACCCUGAAUUUACUCUACGGUGGAGUGAACCAGCGUUUACAGUGACCCAAAAAAGGUAAACACAGUUCUGUAAACUACAUAUAGUGCAGCUGUUCUACGCACAUUAUACACAGCUGAAAUAAGUGUUAGAUAAUUUAAAAGUCAUCUUGUGAUCUACGCGACCUGUGAUAGGAUCUGUUAUAGUGAGUAAAUUGUAUACAUAUAAAAUAUGUGUUAUUCACAAAAUUAAAAUAUAAGCUAAGCAGCUGUGGUAAUAAACAUUAUAUAUAAGAGAGUGAUGUGAGAUGGCAGGAUAUGUAAAUAUGUUUUGAUAACUAUAUAUAAUAUAGGAUAUGUAAAUAUGUAUGCCUGAAGAAGAGCGUGUAAAGUUUGUAUGCAGUGGUACACAGUUGAGAUAAAAAUGUUUUUGUGUCCUAUUUUUUGUUUUAACUUCUCUUUUGUCUUUUGCUGUCAGUGUACUC